AUGUCAAAGACUCAUAUGUAUCCUACAUGUAUCCUUGAGAAGGAUGAGGUAAGUGCUAAGGUAUUACAUAAGGUAUACAAAGGUAUGAUUGGUUCUCUCUUAUACUUGACUGGUUAUAGACCUAACAAUUUGUUAAGUGUCUGUUUGUGUGCUCGCUUCCAAUCAGAUCCUAGAGAGUCCCAUUUAACAGUUGUUACGAGGAUCUUCAGGUAUCUAAAAGGUAAGAUUAACCUUAGCUUGUGUUAUAGAAAAUCUAAAGACUACAAGCUAGUGGGUUAUUGUGAUGUUGAUUAUGCUGGAGACAGACUUGAGAGGAAAAGCACUUCUGGAAGCUGUCAAUUUCUAGGAGAUAACCUGAUCUCAUGGUCCAGCAAAAGGAAAUCAACAAUAGCACUUUCAAUUGCAGAAACUGAAUACAUUGCAUCCUCUGGAUGCAGCACUCAGAUGCUAUGGAUAAAAGCCAACUAG